UCGCGCCGAGCGUUGCGAGCGAGCCGGGCGCUUCCGUUAACGCCCGAGCGGCGCCGGAAGCAGCGGGAGCGGGGCUGCGGAGUGGGACGCGGCGGAGGUAAUGGGUCUUCAGAGGCAAAGUCUCUAAGACUAACAGAAAAUGGCAUAUCGGAGAGAUGAAAUGUGGUCUGAAGGACGAUAUGACUAUGAAAGACUUCCAAGAGAACGCCUUCCUCCAAGGUUUCAUCCUGAUGAUGAGUACCAUAGAAUUGUAAACAUCAUGCCCAAGAAACCGCCACUUCUUGAUAGACCUGGAGAAGGGAGUUACGGUCGCUAUGAUGAUUACAGCCACGCUGAGUACAGAGACUAUGAGGAGGGUCGUGGUUUUGCCCAUGAGCGAAGAAGUGGCCCACCACAUCGAGGUGUACAUAAGGAUGAGUCAGGAUACAGAUGGCCAAGAGAUGAUCAUCCUAUGAAUCGUCAGACUCAAUACAGGAAGGUCAGAGAUGGCUUCAGGAGAAAAAGCUUCCAUCCCUCUCAUUAUAUGAGAGAGCGAUCCCCUCAUAAGAGAGACUCUCCUUUCUUCAGGGAAUCACCGGUGAGCCGAAGGGAUUCUCCGCACAGCAGAUCUGGCUCUAGCGUGAGCAGCAGAAGCUACUCUCCUGAAAGAAGCAAAGCCUAUCCUUUCCACCAGUCCCAGCAUAGCAGAAGUAUGUCAUCUUUACAUAAAAGAAAUAUUUCUUCUCAGCAAGGUAAAGAGAGGACUUCAGUUCAGUCGUCGAAAACAUCAAGAGAUGCAUCACCAUCGGGCUCCACAGCACUACCCACAUCAAAGGCUAUGGAGAAGAGCAACAGACUGUCAGAAAAGGAACUCGCAGAAGCUGCAAGCAAAUGGGCAGCUGAGAAGUUAGAAAAGGAUGAAAACAAUUUAUCGGAAAGAACAGAGUAUGAAGCUGGUUCUUCAGCUCCAUUAUAUGUCGAACAAACAGAGGAAACAGAAACAAAUGUAACUGACAGUACAGAAUUAUAUGAAGAUAACCAGCAUCUUUGCCGCUCAAAAGCAAUUGCAACUAAAACCAAGGAGAUAGAGCAGGUAUACAGACAAGACUGUGAAACCUUUGGCAUGGUGGUGAAGAUGCUGAUCGAUAAGGAUCCGUCGUUAGAGAAGUCCAUUCAGUUUGCUCUGAGGCAGAAUUUGCAUGAAAUAGGUGAGCGAUGCAUUGAGGAACUCAAACAUUUCAUUGCUCAGUACGAUGCCGCCAACCAAGAUAUGUCAGAAUCCUUCAAAGAUGGCUCAUACUAACACAAAAAUACAGUUAGAACUCUGCAUACAGUACGUGCGCUGCAAUGCAUACAUCUGUUUCUUGUGAGGAAAGGGGAGUUUGUGUUGAAGAUUGGAAGCCAAGGCCUGCUCUACUUCAUAGCUCAGAUGGCUGUACCUUGCUCAUUGCAGUUUCCACAGUUCUAUUCUGUCUACCUGUACUUGUUAUUCCUUUGAAAAAGAUGGUUUUUUUCUUCAAAAAUUCUGUAAAGUGACAAGCUAUGCAGUUACCUGGCAAAACACAUUCAGUCUGAUGUUUGUGCACUUGCAUUUUGAUGUUUGUAAGCAUAACCAGAAACACCGCGUUUUUUAUUAAAACAAGAAUGUUCUUCCUUCCUUAGCUUAUGCAGAAAUAUGUCCUGUGUUCAUAUAUACUGUAGGCAAGGACGAUUUGUAAAAUUGCUCACAACUAUGAUUUAAUUUAUUUAUUAUAGUUUAAUUUUGAAUUUCAGAUGGAUUCUGUAAAAUUACACCAGGGUUUAUGUCUAGUCUUUGCCAGAGGAACUCUGCCUACUUAAUGUUAGAAGAACCUACUCUACUUCUGUGAAUGCUUUUUAUAUGUUGGUUUUCCACACUGUAUAUCAUUACUAGUGAGCAGUAUUAUGUAGAACUAAAUCCAAUUUUUGUUAACUGUUUGCAACUGUCUUCUUUUGUAAUGAUUUUUGAGCUAUACCUUACAGAAUGUAAGCACAGGCAGACACUGAGGACUCUGUUUUUACCCUUUCCCCUUCUUAUCCCUUAAACCUCACCAUUUUUUGUGCAACAGUUAGGAAGCCUUGUAAAUCUUCAGAAAUCCAGAAGGCACAGGAAUUUGGAGUGUCAAGAUGAGGUCUGGGCCAUCUCUCUAUUUAGUAACUCCAAAUUGCUUCAGAUCAGGUAUAAUGUGAAGUUAAACCCUAAGUAGACCCCAGAUGCGUUAUCUCAAACCUAAAUGAUUCUGUAGUAGUGUAGUAUCUGGAGCCAUUUUUGACCUGAUAGAGAGUGACUUACGGCUGGGAAGAAUGGUUGAGUAGAGGCAAGGAACUGCCAGUGCUGUGCCAUUGCGUUGCGGAGAUGAAACGUCACUUAGGAAUCGUUGGCACUGGUAGGUAUCCUGACUGUUGGUAUGUGUAUGUGGAAGGUGAUACUGUUUUUCUUGAACGUUUUAGGAAGAGGGAGAAUUUGAGUCAUAGACAAGAAAAAGUAAACGAUUGUUUUCUAUACGUGUAUUUAGAAACAUGAAAUUCUGUCAAAUGGCCAACAACUAAAGCUCACCGUUUCCCAUAUGCAUGGUAUUAAAUGAAAAUGUCAAUGGAUUCAGCCCCUUAUUAAGUAGCUUCUCAGAUUACUGCCAAAUGGUUUGCAGAAAAGUAAAUACAAUGGCAGCGGUUUUGCACAUACAAGGUACUUGACCACAGCAUCUUACACAGACAAACCCUGAUAUGGUGCAUUAAAUAUAUAUUCCAUCAGAUUCCUGAGAUGCCUGAUUAGUUUUAACGUCAGGGCUGCAGGGUUAGGGAAAAGCUCACUGAUCCUACUGGGUGCUGAUUUGGGGUGGGAGAUGGGAAAGGAAGGUGACCUGUGAUGAUACAGCAGCUAGACCUGACCCAGCCCUUUUUGCAACCACAGGCAACGUUCUCUGAGACAGAAACGUCGCAAACAGGGCUCACUAUGGACCAGAUAGUUUUCAGGUGGUAGAUCUGAGCUUCUGCUUUGGGUUAGAAACACUAAAGAAGAAAACAGUGAAUUCAUGCUUAAUACAUUUUUUGUCCAUUGUUACUGUAUGUUGUGUUAGGAGUCUCUUUCUUUUGUUCUCAUAGUGAAAUUUAACCAGGCUUCUAAAAGUACCUGAUUUUGCAAGAGCUUCUCUAUAGAGCUUACAACACUGUUGUGUUUUUGCAGUUAGUCAGUAGGUCAACAUCUUCCUAGGAUGUUCUUAGCAUUCUUUUUUUUUUUUAAUUGAUUUAUUUUUACUGAUGAGCUAAGGAGACACUUUUAUUUUUAUUUUUUUAAUAAAUGCUGUUUCUAUGAAAGUGAUUGGUGGCUGUUUUUUCCCUGUUUAAUACUUGGCAUGGUGCUGAAUGUUCAUGAGUAACCUUUUGUGAUGUAUCCUUGAUGCUGAUGUCAGUAAAAUGUUACGCCACUGAAGCUUGAGCAAGAACUACAUUUUCUUAUUCUUGCUUCCUGUAGGAACAAGGAAUUUUAUUUUGUAUCAGUAUAAGAAGUUGUCCUUGGUCUCUUGUAGAGCCUCGAGGGGACUGCUAGAAAGGGGCAGGAAAAGCACUGACAGAAGGAACCCACGCUGUGCACCAGGAAUUGUUCUUUGUCCCUUCAGGAGCUCUUGGAAACACAACAUACUUCUAGGACUCAUUAAUGUGCAGAUGCCCUUAAUAGAAUGAAAGGGGAAAAGGAAGUGGAAGGAAACAAGGGCAGAAUUAGCUGCUAAGGCUGCAGAGAAUAUGAAUGAAUCUGUCUUCUCAGUGGGGGUGAGGUGGCAGCCUUGAGCAACAAGUGGAGCGGUUAGGGUGGAAGUCAGCAAUACAGCCACUGCAGGUAGAAGAGGAGCCAGUACAGCGUAUCAGAGGAACUGCUUCCUUGUGACUCUGUUUCUGUGCAGGAUUUCAUCUUUGGGAAGGUGAAGAUGUAUGGCCUAAACGUUUCUUGGUAUCAUGAAUGUAUAAGCUCCGCACACAAUGAAGGCAUGCCUUCCAAUAAUGUACAUUCUGUACCUGUGUCAAGUGCAGGGAGUGGGCACUUCCUAUCAUGUCCAUAUCAUUUCCUUCAUAUUAAGGUGGAAGAAUGGAUUAGAAACAUUUCCCAAAAGAAACUGUUCAAAAAUAACGAAGGAGCAAUCUUUUAUAUCAAGCUGCAGAAAAACAAAACAAUCUUACAGCCAUCUUUAAACUUAGUGUCUAAUGUCUGAAUUGGGUAGUAGUACAAAAAGCUGCCUGUUUUGUUACGUGUGGUUACAGGCACCUGUUAUUCUUCGCAUGAUGGGAAUGUCCUCAGUGAUCCUCAGAAAACACAAUUUUCUAAGUGUUUCUAAUAGUCUUAAUUGUUUGUGGCCCUGCAGCCUAGCACAGGUGAGAGGUGACAGGUGACAGGACAAAGGGAAAUGGCCUCAAGUUGCGCCAGGGUAAGUUUAGGUUGGAUAUCAGGAAACGCUUCUUUACAGCAAGGGUUGUUAAGCAAUGGAAUAGGCUCCCCAGGGAAGUGGUUGAGUCACCAUCCCUGGAUGUGUUUAAAAAUGGAGGAGGGAGCAGAGGGUUGUUAGGGCAGUAUGGUUAGGUUGAGGUUGGACUCAAUGAUCUUUAAGGUCUUUUCCAACCUGAGCAAUUCUAUGAUUCUAUUCUGUGAUUCUAGGUAAGGGAGAGUGAUGUGUCUCAAAGUUGAGGUACCUAAGCUAGCCCUGAGGAAGCUGCUCAGCCAGAGCACUGCUUCCCUGGGCACUGUGCUGUGCAGCUGUACCUUCAGUGAGUGUUGUCUCAAGGGAAGAGAGAUCACAGCUCCUGCCUUGGGCUGGAAAGAAUGGCUGCUUUUUUUCCUUUGGCUUGUUGUUUUGUUUUAAUAACAGUAUGGGGAAGAGAGUCAUCUUUCAACUCAUUUAUCUGGAGGUUUAGAGCGAGGUGCUAUGGAAGCAAACUCUCUGAAGACAGCUUAGAAAUGACACUAGAUAUCUGCAUUGAAUAGUUGUGUUGUUUGAAAGAAAAAGGAAGAAGUGAUCACAGACAGUGAUUGGAAAGCGUUUAUCAUCUGAUACUCCGUAAGGCUUUGUGCUUUGGGAGAGUAUGUAUGUGCUGCAUCUCUGAAGAUGGUGUAAGACAGUUUAGAACAAGUGCUGCUGGGAUGUAUCUGCAUGAAGCCCUACUGCAGUAGCAGCAGGGCAUGUUGUUCCAGAGGAUUGUGGUGACCUGUAAUUGCAAAUGCAGUUAAGAAUGGAAAAUCCCAAUCCGUGUUUGAGUAUCUGGGGGAAAAUGCUAACAAGUCAGUAUCACUCCUCAAGUCCUGGAAGUCUUUAGCAGGCUGGCUGUUGUAAUGUCCUUAAGCACAACCGCCAUUUAGCUGCCAGAAAAGUAAAUGCUGCCUAAGCCACCAGGGCAGCCUGCCAGCUGGAGGCAUCCCACAAGCUGCCCAUGGGCCCCUGUGAUGUAGCAUGAUAUUUCUUUGAUCAUCUUUCAUGUACACAAGACUUGUUUGUACUAGAAAAGGACUCGUAUGGUGAAUAACACCUCUGGGAAUAAAGGAUCUUCUGCUUAUUUUACCCUGAAGAAGACAAGCAAGUAACAGCUAUUUUAACUCAGCUGUAACAGUAACUUCAAUUUGUUGGGUGUGAGCAAUACUCAUGUGUCCAUUCCAUCCCUUAUUUCUAGCUGCUCUUAUUCCAAAACUUUUUAUAUCCUUAAAAAUGACUUCAGUUCAAUCUGCCAGUUCUGUGUAUGUAAGAAGCACCCGUUUCUCCAUCUCUUCAUUAAUUACCUGUCUUCAGGUGGUCAGACAGCCUGCUGUUUUAGCAUUUACUAUUUCAGUGUUAAGUAACAAAGUCCUGCUCUUUCCUUAAAAUAAGCUGCUCUCAAUGCUUUACCUUGAAGGUGAAUUCAAGACAACUACUUUACCAACUUGCCUUCUAGGACAACCUUGCAUGUCUCUCCCUUGAUGUAAGCAAACAUGGAAAUGAUUUCUGAGAAAAGAGGGAAACAAUAAGAAAAAAAAUCCACAUCCACAGGAGUUGGGUAUUUGUUGUACUGAUAUAUUCCAGGCUUGUGUGGUUUUUACAUUUAUAUAGUUUACAUUUUGCUUGACCCAUAAAUAACACUUGCAAGAUUAAGAGGGCCAUAGUUUGGAGAGUAUUUACAGAGCCCCACCAUGCAUACAGAGCUUUCAAUACCUAGUAGACAAAAUUAAGCUGUUUUGCACUAAACAUUUUUCAAUAUUUUUAAACUCCCUGACUAAAAUACAAGCACUAUUUCAUCCAUAAUGCUGCUGUUAAACCCCUAACAAAUCUAGUUCGAUAUUGUAACAAACUUCUUCAAAUUCAGGGAUAUAAAAAUAUUCAGCUUUUAAAAAUCUUAACUGUACAAUAUAUACAUUCGUAUUUGCACUGUUAAAUUAUGAAUACAUUUAAGCCUAUGAAAUACUACGUCAUAAAUAGCAAUUUUUUUGAUUUAGAAUUGCAACUAAUACGUUUUAAAACCUGGAUAAUACAUUUGAAAAGACAGAAUUUUGGAGCCUAAUCCUUUAAGCCCUUAUGAAACUGUUUGUUAUGUAAGUAGAUUCAUUGACUUAAAUGGGGUUAUGUGCCUGAGCAAAGGAUCCCACCAUUUGUACCUUUCGCUUUCAGUGCUUUGUUGCAGAGGAAAUGACACAAAAGCCAUCACUGCUCACUGGCAGUCAAGUCCAAUUCCAACAGCUGAAUUAAUAUCUUCCUUUCAACAGGCACAAAAAAAAAGCAAA